GAGAACCCUCCGGUUGAUGACAAUUCUGAGCUGGCAAAUCUUGUCCGCAUCUAUCAAUACAAGAAAACUGUUCUAGACUGCAGUUAUAGCAACAGUGUCACAAAGGAGGUGUUUGAUAAGCAAUGGAAGGAACUCACAGCAAUUUUUACAGGUGUUGGAGUUCCUGUUGAAGACAUUGAGAAUUACCGCGACCCUUGGCAUUACAAGGAUGGAGCUUUGGAAGAAAUAGGUAUUGGGCACACUGUCAUUGAAGAAAUCAAGAAUUUCCAGGCUGUGUUAUCGGCUGUUGUUGAUGUUGGAACUGCAACCAUGAGAAAUUACAUAUUGGAGGUUAACAAGAUUAACAAGAACGAUGUAGGAAAUUAUCUACUGUCCGAGAAGAGUAAAGGUAGUUUUAAAAAUGUAUGGAAAAAUAUCAGUAAAGAGCAGAAGUCAAAAAUGUUCACAGCAUCUGCUGACAUUGAUACAUUUGAUAUCUCCAUCAUGUAUUUAAUCAUUCGUAACUGCUCCAAUGGCAUUCCAGAGUCUUUUUGGAAAAACCCUCAUAGACUGACUAACUUGGUGGACAUCCACAACUACAGGAACACAAAGCUGGCACAUUCCCCCGACAGUAGAAUGUCAACUAAAGAAUUUGAAAUUGAAUGGAAGAAAGUGAGAUCGAUGUUGCAUGCUGCAGGUGCUUCUUUGACUGACAUUGACAAAUAUAAGGCACUAAGAUUCAUCAACUAAAUGCAUAAUUCUACCUAUGUAUUUAAAUGUUGCUUGGAAAUAUGAAUUCUUGUAUGUUCAUUAAAUUUCUGAUAACUCGCAUGAAAUGUGAACAUUUUAGCACUGGACAAAAUUUCUGAUUUUGAACUUGAUGGGUUUAAGAGCAUUACAUUUUGGUGACUAGGGAUUUAAUAUAUCAAAUAUACAUAAUAUUGUUUAAAUUACUUAAAACUGUAAAUGUAUUUUUUAACUUUUUUGUUUUAAUAUGAACUGUUGUAUCAGCAGCACUUAAUGCUGAUGCUGUUUAAUUUUAAUAAUAUUGGUACUCUUAUAUUGCGCAUAUUGUUAAGCAUUCUAUGGGCUUCCCAUUAUCAUUUAAUACCCCGGCCAUUGGAUGAAACGCCUAUGGAACAAGCUUCCUAGGUGAGUAUUCCAUUGUUGUAGCAGCAACAUCAGUGUAUUUGGCAUUU